AUGAGCAGGCUAAUGUCUCGACUGACUAUACGACCAGGCCACCGAAUCGUUUAUCGCCACCAAAUCGUUUAUCGCCACCAAAUCGUUUCUCGACUCUUUUCCACACUUUCCGCUUCCAUGUCACGACACCCUAGCCUCAAGGAGCUCGAGAAGGAGCGACCGGCAUUCGUAGAUCGACCGGGAUUCACCUUCACAAACACGCCCAACACGGAGUGGCAGUUUGGAGAUGGAGCCAACUCGCAGGAUGACGGGUGGAAGAAACACAAAAAGGUGAGCUUCAGUCCCACGGCCGAGGGCCGGCCGCCCAUGUUCAAUUACAAGCUGCUGAUUGGCGCCGUGACCCCCCGGCCCAUUGCGUUUCUGUCCACAGUGAGCAAGGACGGAGUGCGGAACCUAGCGCCCUUCUCCUUCUUCAACAUGGUGUCGUCAGACCCGCCCGUGUUCGCCAUUGGCAUGACCCGAACCCCCAACGGCCACAAAGACAGCUGCCAAAACCUGCUCGACACCAAGGAGGCCACCAUCAACAUCAUCAGUGAGUGGUUCGUUGAAGCGGCCAACUCGUGUGCCAUUGCCGCGCCCUCCGACGUGGAUGAGUGGCUGGUGAGCGGUCUCACCCCCGUGGAGUCUGAAAUUGUCAAGCCUGCUCACGUGGCCGAGUCGUGUUUCUCCGUGGAGGUGAAGCUUCUGCAUCAUUACGAUCUGUACUCGGUCGCUGAUCCCAACAAGCAUACCAACACCACGGUUCUGGUGCAGGCGGUCCAGUUCCACGCCCGCGAGGACGUGAUCAACGAGGAUCUCAACUUUCUCGACGUGACCAAGAUCAAGGCCGUGUCUCGACUCGGAGGCAUUUCUUACGGCCGAACCACCGAGGGCUACGAACUGCCUCGAAUGGUCCACGCCGACGAGAAGGACAAGGACGAAUACAAGAAGGCCGUCCACCGGGAGUAA